GAUAAGAUUGAGACCGAGAAUUCAUAUCACUCCCUUAACUUUACAAGAAGCUAUUAAUUAUUCGAUCCCCACGUCUGUCUUCUUUCUCUGUUCCUCUUUGAGAGAGGCUCUAGGAUCAAAGUAUCUUGUUCCUACCGAGCUGCUCUCUAACGCAUUCUCCUCCUCUUUCUUUUCCGUGAUCUUGUCCCCUACCCUCGUGGAUUUCGAUGGCUGCUUGGUUCAGGAGGACAAGGGCAGUCGCUCAUUACCUCAGAAGAAACAACGGGUGUACACCAUCGUCGUCGCGUGGGAUUCUUGUUGAUUGCCAAGGCAUGCCCGUGCCCGCGGCUGUGCCGAUGCCUGUCGUGCAACCUCUGGAGAGCGUUUGGAUCGGACGCGCGACCGGGAGGAUCUCGCCGACCCGGUUCCCGAUCUUCUCGGCCAUGCGCUUUGAGUCCACCAGAGCUGAGAAGCAUCUCGAGUCGUUGCAGGAAGUGGAAGAUGAUGAUGAUGCUCAGGUCUUGGAUUUCCCUGGUGGGAAGGUUACAUUUACCUCCAAAAUGCAAUUCAUACCUGAGUCGUCUGAGAAGAGAGUACCGUGUUAUCGAGUGCUCGAUGACUAUGGACAGCCAACUGAGUAUGAUUUCUCUGACCAGGUGAACGAGGAACUCGCCGUGAAAAUGUACACGGAUAUGGUCACCCUGCAGAUCAUGGACGCCAUAUUCUAUGAAGCACAAAGGCAAGGUCGGAUAUCAUUCUAUCUCACGUCGAUGGGGGAAGAAGCUAUCAACAUAGCAUCCGCAGCUGCCCUCACGGAUGAUGACGUCGUGUUGCCUCAGUACAGAGAACAGGGUGUUUUACUGUGGCGCGGUUUCACGUUACAAGAGUUUGCGAACCAGUGUUUUGGUAACAAGGUCGACUAUGGAAAAGGUAGACAGAUGCCAAUUCAUUAUGGAUCUAAUAAGCACAAUUAUUUCACCGUGUCAUCGCCAAUAGCAACACAAAUUCCUCAAGCUGUUGGUGCUGCAUAUUCUCUUAAGAUGGAUAAGAAAAGUGCAUGCGUGGCUGCAUAUUUUGGUGAUGGCAGCACCAGUGAGGGAGAUUUCCAUGCUGGCUUGAACUUUGCAGCGGUCAUGGAGGCCCCGGUCAUCUUUAUCUGUCGAAAUAACGGAUGGGCGAUCAGUACCCACAUAAGAGAACAAUUUCGAAGUACUCAUCUUGCACUCUUGAUGUAUUUUUACAUACUGAUAUUAGGUGAUGGCAUUGUCGUAAGGGGUCAAGCAUAUGGAAUCCGUAGCAUUCGAGUGGAUGGUAAUGACGCUCUCGCUGUUUAUUCAGCAGUACGUGAAGCUCGUGAAAUGGCAAUCAAGGAUCAAAUGCCUAUAUUAAUUGAGGUCUUAACAUACCGAGUAGGACACCACUCCACAUCAGACGAUUCAACAAAGUAUCGACCCAUGGACGAAAUUGAGCACUGGAAAAUGUUGCGGAACCCUGUAAAUAGAUUCAGAAAAUGGGUUGAAAGGAAAAUGUGGUGGGAUGAUAAAAGGGAGGUCGAGCUUCGAAAUAACAUUAGAAAUCAGGUACUCCAAGCAAUUCAGACUGCAGAGAAGUAUGAGAAACCUCCAUUAUCAGACUUGUUCAGGGAUGUGUACGACGCUCUUCCAUCCAAUCUUCAUGAGCAAGAGAGUCAACUCAGAGAGACCAUCAAGAGACACCCAAAAGACUAUCCACUCGAUGUUCCUGUGUAGAUGGACUUACAAUUAUUCAAGAAAAGAAUUUGUCUCUGAAGCAAAGCCUCGGUAAUUAGAAAGCGAAGCUUAAUAAAAUCACUGCCCUGUAUACAAGUUGUUUAACAUUCAUAUACAGUGACGGCUAUAACAUACUUCUAAUUGAAUUAAGCGAUGGUUGCUGAUGCAA